CUUAUAAGAUCACAGCUCUUGCCGGCGACUGUGUUUGCAUCUUCUCCAAUGGCCAGCUCUGGCGAGAAAGCUAAUUUAUUGGGUAAGCGAAAGCCGGAAGAUGGUUUUGGGACCGACCCGGUUCUGAAGAAACAUAAAGAAAAAUCUGAGGAGAAGGAGAUCGAAGCAAGGGUUGAGCAGCUGUUGUCUGAUGAGAAGGCUACUACUACUUUGGAGACAAGGAAAGGAUCCUUUGCUGUUGAGUCUAAUUUAAUCUCAGUCCAAGGACUUGAUGAAACACCUGCUGAGACAGUGGAGACCGAACCUAUUCAGGAACCAAAGAAGACUCUCUUUGUUUCUCAUCUCCCAGCCUACACUAAAAUAUCAGAUGUCCUCUGUUUCUUCCAAAACGUUGGACAAGUUGUUCGUGUUCGUCUUGUUGUAGACAACAGGGGUGUUUUUACGGGCGAUGCCUUUGUUGAGUUUGCUUCUACCGACCAAGCAAACAAGGCACUGAAAGAAAAGAAGUGUGAUAAGUUUCAGAACUGGCGCAAUAUUGUUCUUGGUGUGGCUGAUAAGGGAGAGGGAGCUCCAUUCUUUCCACCCAAGUAUUGCAUAGAUCACAAAGUUUGGUACCUAGAAGAGGAAGAAGACUACCUUCAACAAGAAGGAGAAGAAGAAGAAGAUGUAGACUACCUUCAACAAGAAAGCCUUCCCAUUGAAGAAGAAGAAGAAGAAGAUGAGACACCUCCCAACGCUGAGGAAGAUUCCGUACUCUUCAUGGCUAAUCUCUCUCCACAAACAACUAAAAUAUCACAGAUCAUCAAGUUCUUCAAAUAUAUUGGUGGUGUUGUUAGUGUGCGACUUAUUGUAAACCAACAGCGCAAGCAUGUGGGCUACGCCUUUGUUGAGUUUGUUGAUGCUAAACGAGCUAAUUUGGCGCUGAAAAAUAAGAAUGGUGAAUACUUGCACGAUCAUGAGAUUUUUUUGAUGAAAAGAGUUGAGGAGGACACUCCUCAUUCUGCUGAGACAGCUACCACUGUAAGAGAUAAGACGCUCUUUGUUGACCAUCUCUCUACGAAAACUAGAAUAUCAAAUAUCAUCAAUUUCUUUAAAGAUGUUGGAGAAGUUGUUCAUGUUCGACUUAUGGUAGACAAAAGUACCGCUCUGAUGAGGUCUGGCUAUGUUGAGUUUGCUUCUGCUGCCGAAGCUGAGAAGGCGAUGGAGGAGAAGAACGGCAAAUAUUUAAACAGACGCAAGCUUUAUUUAGCUUUCGUUAAGGAGCAUUCACGAAUAUUCAAGUAUUGCAUAGAUCACAAGGUUUGGUUCGAGGACUAUCUUCUACAAGAAAAUGCAUCGGUGGAUGAAACUCCAGACUUUGAUGAGGAUGUUUCAUCGAGUAAGAAGACUCUCUUUACCGAUUUCUCCCAGAAAAAAAACGUGCCAGCUGUUAACAUACCAAAUAUCAUCAGUUUCUUCCAAGAUGUUGGACAAGUUGCUAGUGUUAGACUUAUUGUAGACCGCUGGGGCAUAUCUUCGGGCUGUUGCUGUGUUGAGUUUGCUACUGGUACCGAAUCAAAGAAGGGUUUUGAAAUUUACAGGCAUGUUAAGGGGAUUUUUGUCAAGAGGCCUGAGAUAGCUCCAUACCCUUUCCGACCCAAGUACAACCUUACCGACCUCGCAGAGAAGCUUUGGUGCGAAGACGAGCUUAGACGAGAAGGCUUUGGUUUGCCGACCAGAUCAAAGCCCAAGGAAGAGGAGAUUGCAAUCCCCUGCAAGGAAAAGGUUACUUUCUGCGGUAAGAAGAUUACCUUCUCUGACUAAGAUGAUGAAGAAGAAGAAAAAGAAAAGAAAGCUCUUUGGUCUCUAUAACUUUUUUUUUUUGGACAAAUGGUGUCUAUAACUUUAUUAUGAUACACAAUGAACUCAAGUUGAUUACGUAUUCGGUUAUGUAACUUGUGAUACAAUAUGACUUGAAAUGU